CCUAAGGUAUCACGUUCAUUCGGUUUGCCGGCUCCUGCAUCUCUUCGUUCGCGAGACUAGCUUCCUUCUGCGAUCGUCUAAGCCGCGAGGAUCUCUCUCUUCCUCCGAUCAAUCGAUAGAAAGGAUCUUCUCCUUCCUCCAAUUUUUCGGGCUGGUUUUCUUUUCUUUUCCUCCGAUCAACCCGCAAGAAACAUCAAUCUGAUAUAACAUCUAUCCUUUAAACCGAUUGUACAGAUUUCAAACCCCCAGAUUCAUAUUUUAGCGGCGACUAUAAAGUUCAUUGUUGGACCUUUCAUAUCUUUCGAAGUGGAGGUUGUCAGGAGUAGUGUAUCUUUUAUGUCUGAAUUGGACUCCUUUGGUUUGGGAUCAAUUGGGCUGCUUGGAGAGUACCGGCCUAGAAAUAGGAAAAAGCACACAUGCUUUUCUGAAAAACUUGGUGGCAUUCAUCUCGAGACGAAAAGUGAUUUUAUAUCAAUCAAAAGUUGCCACUUUAUGCAACAUACUUUUUUUGAGAUCUAUCUUUCUUUUACUGCUGAUACUGUCUAGCACAACCUUGUUCUUUUAGUGUCCUCUGCCGAAGAUGGCGUUCCAAAACAUAGGUGCUGCCAACAGCGAUGAUGCCUUCUACAGGUAUAAAAUGCCCAAAAUGAUAACCAAAAUUGAGGGUCGUGGAAAUGGCAUUAAAACCAAUAUAGUGAAUAUGGUUGAUAUUGCAAAAGCGUUGGCUAGGCCUGCCUCUUACACUACUAAGUACUUCGGUUGCGAGCUUGGAGCCCAGUCCAAAUUUGAUGAUAAAACAGGCAUUUCACUUGUCAAUGGUGCUCAUGACACUGCCAAAUUAGCUGCUCUGCUCGAGAAUUUCAUUAAGAAGUAUGUUCAAUGCUAUGGCUGCGGCAACCCUGAAACUGAAAUUAUCAUCACGAAGACCCAGAUGAUAACGAUGAAGUGUGCUGCCUGUGGCUACAUAUCAGAUGUGGAUAUGAGGGACAAGCUCACAACCUUUAUUCUUAAGAACCCGCCUGAGCAGAAGAAGGGAUCAAAAGAUAAGAAGGCAAUGAGGAGGGCAGAGAAGGAGAGACUCAAGGAAGGAGAGGCUGCUGAUGAAGAACAGAAGAAGUUGAAGAAAGAGGCAAAGAAGAAGAGUAGUUCGAAGGAAGCAGUGACGUCAAAAUCUACUGUUAAGAAGAAGUCUGCCAGCUCUGAUGAGGAGCAGAACUCACCAAAUGGGAGUCAGAUUGAUGAGCAUGAUGAGGUGGCCGAUGAUCAAGAUGAUGUCCAGUGGCAAACUGACACCUCUCUUGAAGCAGCGCGCCAACGUAUACAGGAACAGCUGAAUGCUGUUACAGCUGAGAUGGUCAUGCUUUCAACCAACGAGGAAGAGAAACCCAAGGAAAACAAGAAAUCUGAAUCCAACAGACCUAAUGGACCUGUCCAGGAAUCCAAGAACUGUAGCACUCACGACAAGCUUGUUAUGGAAAUUAGAGGCAAACUGGAGAACUGUUCCAAGCCAAGCGAGCUUGCCACAUUUGCCAAAUCACUGGCUGGUUCUCAUCAGGAGGUCAUGGAUGCGCUCUUUGAAGCUCUCUUUGAUGGGUCGGGGAAGGGGUUCGCCAAGCAAGUUGCCAAAAAGAAAAAUUACAUAACUGCUGUAGUGCAGGAAGAGGGGGCACAGGUGCUUCUGCUUCAUGCUAUUGAGUCCUUCUGUAGUAAAUGCAACGGGGAUGCGGUUAAGGAGGUGGCUUUGGCUGCUAAAGUUCUGUAUGAUGCAGACGUGCUUGAGGAGGAGUUUAUUGUUCAGUGGUAUCAGGAAGGCAUCAAAGGAGCAACCAAGACUUCCCAGAUGUGGAAGAAUAUGAAACCUUUUAUUGAGUGGCUGCAGAGUGCUGAGUCGGAGGAAGAGUAAGUUGGUCUUUCAAAUUUAGUAGUCAGUUGUUAUGAGUGUCUCUAGUGGUGUCGUUUUAUUGUGUGGUUUGUCCCGUGUGAAAUAUUUGCUUUUAAUGUCGCUGCAGUACAAGUCUAGAGGUUAUUUUCGAGUCCACAGUACCGCGUGUUUGGAGUCCAAAUGGUACUGCUUUAUGGUUGUGUGGUUCCCGUUCUCAUCGUAAACUGUUUUGUAUGCUGCCUACGUUCUAUCUGGCGCAUUAAAAAUAAAGUACGUGUUGUGUGCAUGAAACUAUCCUUCCUUUUUCUGUUUUUAUUUUAAUAGGUGUUUCCUUCA